AUUUAAUCCUUAUUUUUAGAUUUUUUUUUUGUCACAAGUUCUUUUUGAAACGUUCUUUUGUUCUUCAAAUGCAGGACUGGAUGAAUGUGAAAAAAUGGAACGACGAUGACCAACAAAAGCUGAAUAUUUGGGCCUUUUAUUGACGUUUUCAUACCGUUUCGGAUUCUGGCUCGGACACGCGCGUGCGCGCACUUGUAAACCGGUUAAUCCAUAUAAAGUUCAUUUCUCUCAAACAAAAACUUUUGUCACAUUUUUGUUCUAGUGCGCGCUUCAGUUUUUUUUUCCAGUUCACUUUCUCCGCGGACACGCGCGCCACUGUCACAGUGCGUGACCGUGACCUUCAGGCCACGCGGGAAACUCACGCGGUCGGCGCGCUGCCGCACGCGGUUCCGCGCGAAGCGGCUUUCCGAGCUGCCGUGCGCACGUGCUCGUGGUGUGCACGGGCCCGGCUGUAAUGAGGCUCAUUAACGGAGCGGGUGCAUGUGAAAGAAGCCUCGCGGCUCUUCGGGGCGCCUCAUUAUGCACGCGCAUGAAAAGAGUCCCGCGGGGGGUAAAUGGGGACUCCGGGGGGCGGGGCCGCGAGCAGGGAGGUAUAUAGGAGGUCCGGGCGAGUGGGUCCGGACCCGGAUCGAACCAUGACCUGCUGGAUUCUCCUGUGGCUUCUCUCCACGACGAUACGUGACACCGUGGUGUUUGGUCGCGCCGUGGACGGGCACGGAUUUCUAUCCCAGGCCGGAGACGAGUCCACCACGCACGCGCGGGAGCGGUGCGCAGAGCUGGCGGCUCCGUGGCUGGAAAACACGGAGGCUGUCCCGGACCACGCGACGCCCAUCCGACUCCGGGUUCGGUCCGCGCCCCCGGCGGGCUCCCGGGUCCCGCUGUUCCCCGGAAAGUCUCUGUUCGGCUUCGUGCGCAGAGUUUACCGCUGCUGCCGGGAGCGAGCGCCGUGCGCGCGCGUCAAGGGGCUACAGGGCCGAAAGAGAGGCACAGAUCUGGAGUUUGUGGUGUCCAGAGACAUUCUGUUGUUGACAGUGACGCGAGCUGAGCUCCACCUACAGAUUUUCAAUCCAGAACGUCUGGAUGUGCGCCCAGUGCUGCCAUCCCUGACCAAACGCAGCCUUCCUACAAGGUUCAACGUGUGGCCGCAAGGUGACGUGAUGGAGCUCAGCGUGGAUCUGCUCUUCCUGUUCCAGGCUUUGCAGGAAGCAGCAGGCGGUGCCAGAGUUGGCCCAGCCUUGGUGAACAUGUGGCGGAUGCCUCCACAGGUGGCGCAGGACACGGCCGGCUAUAGGUGGGGGGAGGGGCUGCCCGCCGUGGACCUGGGUGUGGCUCUGGGCUGCAGCCGGGCUGGAUCCAAAGUGUCCUGUGGACCCGGUGGAGUCCGACUCGCACACAUGCCGUUCAUAGUUCUGUCCUACAGAUGAAGACGUGUCCUGUGGCCUUGGAGGAAGGAUGCACUUCAAUGUAACAUACUAAUUUAUAAAUGGUAGUUUGCGUUUGUGAUGUAAAUACGUGCUGGAGUCAGUCAUGGUUUUUGUCUUCAUGGAGCUGAUUCAGCCAUUUUCCUCCGCUGGACGCUUUGGUCCCGACUGGAGCAGCGAUUCUAUUUUAAGAUGUUUGCUCAGCUGGUGGGAAAACAGCACCUGGACAAAUAACAGAGGAUGCCACGUUGGCCGAGGGCAGCGCAGAGGCCACUUUGCUUCUAAAACAGAUGGUUCCCAGUUCCAGACCCACGUGUCCAUCCUCCAUGUCAUGCGGCAUUGUCUCAGGACGGGCAUCCAGCGUAAAACUGGUGCCAAAUCAACACGGUAGAAAUUUGCAGGAAUCUGCGGAUCCACAUCGGAUCUGCUGCGGCGCCUCCGACCCCGAGUGAAAACGUCAGCCUGCUGAACGUUUAAACCUGCACAGUUACCGCUCUGCAGCUUCCAGCUGGAGUGUCAAAGUGGCGGACCGAGGGCUGGAGAACGCCCCCAAACAGUAAAACAAUGCAACUGUCACAUGAUCAGCUUCAUGGACACACAAAGUAUUUUAUAUGUAUAUGUUGGGCAGCUCAGCAGGAGAGGAAGGAAACGCCUGAUUCAGAAAGGAAGAGUCCGGCCACACGCAUGUGCCAUGAGACUCUUCAUGCAGCUGGUUCAAGAAACCACCUGUUUUAGGUGUGUAAAAAAAAAAAAAAAAAAAAAAAAAA